CUGUGAUUCCACGUCAACCGUUUGACAGCUGGCGAGCCACUCGCGGUUAAUUGUUCAUUUUUGUGUUUUUUGAUAAAUACCUAUAUUAAAAAUGAUUACUGUUCUUAACACAAUUGAUACGGGCCAUGAAGACAUGAUACACGAUGCCGAACUGGACUACUACGGAUUGAGGCUAGCAACAUGUUCUUCGGAUAAUUCGGUUAAGAUUUACGACAUCAAGAGUGGUACACAAACCCUUGCUGCUGAUCUGAAGGGUCACUUCGGGCCGGUGUGGCAAGUCGCCUGGGCCCAUCCCAAGUACGGCAACCUGUUGGCGUCAUGCUCUUACGACAGGAAAGUUAUCAUAUGGAAGGAAGCUGGCGAGUGGACGAAAUUGUAUGAAUAUACCGGACAUGAGAGUUCUGUGAACUCUAUUGCGUGGGCGCCAGCCGAGUACGGGUUAAUCCUGGCGUGCUGCAGCUCUGACGGGUCCGUGUCCAUCAUAACGUACUCGCAGGACGGUGGCAACUGGGAUGUGAAGAAAAUACCAGGAGCGCAUGCGAUUGGAGUCAACUCCGUCAGCUGGUGCCCCGCGAUCUCCGCCGAUCUGAACUUGGAUCCACUCAGCAAUAAGGAGGCACCGAAAAGGAUAGUCACAGGAGGAUGUGACAACUUGAUCAAAAUAUGGAGAGAACAAGGUGACCAAUGGAUAGAAGAGAACAGACUAGAAAUGCACAUGGACUGGGUGAGGGAUGUUGCAUGGGCACCAUCUCUGGGGUUGAACCGCUCUAUGAUUGCUAGCUGUUCCCAGGACAAGAGGGUUGUUAUCUGGACCAGUGAUGACAAUGUGUCCUGGACCCCCACAAUACUGAACACAUUUGAUGAUGUAGUGUGGAGUGUGAGCUGGUCUCUCACGGGUAACAUCCUGGCUGUGUCAGGAGGAGACAACAAGGUCAGCCUCUGGCGUGAAGGAUCUGAUGGACAGUGGCUAUGCAUAAGUGAAGUUGCCAAAGGCUUGGGACAAACCCCAAACGAUGAAAGGAGCACACUUUGAAUUCAUUUAUUUAUGUUUUUGUUUAUUUUAAUUAACUUGUGAAUAAUUUCCUAAUAGUAAUAUACAUAUUAUCAAUAAA